AUGAAUUGUCUCUGGUGCUUUUUGAUUGUCAUUGCAUUGUGCCUUGGAUCCAGCAACGCGAUCUGGGAUAAAAACACCGUGCAUUUCAAGAAUUCUCUUGCUCCAAAAAACACUCUCAAGAUCAGUUGUGUGUCGGACGAAGACAUCCUAGGCUUUCAUUCCUUAAGCCCUGGGCAAACCUACGAUAUUAGUUUCCAUGAUAGUGUUUUGGGGACUCAAAUCAUUUGUGAUUUAUGGCAAGGUCCUAAUUACAGAUUUCAUGCAAAUUUUAAGGCAUAUCAAGGUAAACAAAUCAUAGUCCGUUAUGGUCUUAAUGUUUUCUGGGAUGCUAGAGAAGAUGGCAUAUACCAUGCUGAGGGUAAAGAAACUCCCAAAUUAUUGUACAAGUGGAUUGUAACAGUCUAG